AUGAGUCAAGAUAUAAUACAGAAUUUACUACGUAAUCCCCAAGAUAUAUUCAAGCUACAGAAUGAAGAAGACGGAUCAAAGUCCAACAUUUUCAAUGACUUGGCGAAAACCAUCAUCAAUCCCAUCGUGAAGGAUUAUUCGGUGCUUGAUGAAUUAUAUACUGAUGGAUUGGAUUCAUCGCAAGUAUUUGGGCAGACAAAGAUGAUAUUGGAUGGAAUAGGUAGUAAGUUACUAAGCGAGGAUAUUCCAAGUGUGAGGGAGAAACUUGGUGAAGUUGAACAGAGCGAAGACGAAGAUGGAGAGGGCGAGGAAGGUGAAGAGAGUGAAGAGAGUGAAGAGAGUGAGGAAGAAGUAGGCGAUGGAAGCGAAGAAGACGAAAAUGUGGAAUUUGAAAGAGGUGUGGAUGAUUAUGAGGAAAGUGGUGAAAGUGCAGAAGAAGAUGAUGAAGAAGAAGACGAGGAUGAGGAUGAGGAUGAGGAUAAGGAGGAAAGGGAAUUAUCAGACGAUGGUGAAACUUUGGUUGGUGAUGACGAAGAAGGUUCCGAUACGGAAGUUAAACAUACAAAGGAUGUAUUUGGUUUAAAUGAUGGAUUCUUUGAUAUUGAUGAGUAUAAUAAACAAGUUCUUGCGCUUGAAAAUGACCAAGCGGGGGGUGAUGAUAAUAACGAUGAUGACGAAGAGAUUGAUUACUUUGGAAGUUUAAGUGAUGAUAGUGAAGAAGAACAAAUGGAUUACUAUGGCGAUUUUUAUGAUAAGCCAGGUAAAGUGAAUGUUGAACUGUGGCCCCCGAAGAAGAAAGUUGAUGCUCACGAAGAUGAUGAUAUAAGUGAAGGUGAGUUUGCUGAUGAAGAUUACGAUAAUGCCAUCAACUCAGCCAGACUUGACUUGUUUGCUGAAGGUGAGCCAAAAGGACAAAAACUGAAUGAGAAGAAUAUGUCGUCGUAUGAAAAGCAACAGUUGGCAUUGCAGCGUGAAAUUGAAAAAUUGGAAGCUGAAUUAGUUGCCGAUAAGAAAUGGACGUUAAAGGGUGAAAUUACUUCGAAUGAGAGGCCAAAGGAAUCGUUGUUGGAAGAAAAUGACCUUUCAUUUGAUCGUACAGCAAAACCAGUGCCAACAAUCACUCAAGAAGUGACUGAAACUAUUGAAGACUUGAUUAGGAAAAGAAUCAAGAGUGAUGAAUUUGAUGAUUUGCCAAGAAGGAUUGUUCAAGAUUUGUCCAAGUUUCACCAAGGACCUAAAGCGGAAGUGUCACAGCAAAAGUCAUCGAAAUCUUUAGCUGAGUUGUAUGAAGAUGAAUACAAUGAUGUUGAUGCACAACAAGAGGAGCUUGAUGAGGCAGUCAAGAAGCAGCAUGAAGAAAUUAAUGAAUUGUUUACGAAGGUGACGCAUAGAUUGGAUGCCUUGUGUUCGGCCCAUUUCAUUCCUAAGCCACAUGAGGUGAAGAAUAUUGAAAUUAAGGUGACUGAUGCUAGUGCUCCGUCCAUCAGUAUGGAGGAUGCUCAACCAUUGAAUGUGUCGAGCGAAUCUAGAUUGGCACCACAAGAGAUAUACAAAGUCGGUGAUGAUGCUGUCAAAGGUAAUGGUGUAAAGGGAAAGUCUGAAGUUCAGUUAAAGUCGGGUCUUUCUUAUUCCAAAGAUGAACUCAAUCGUGAAGAAAAACAACGAUUGAGAAGAGCCAAUAAGAGAAAGAAGUCAAAACAAUUUAACGAAAGACAAGAACACAAGAGACAAAAGUUGAAACAAACUCCUGAACAACAUAAACAAAGGCAAUCUAAGACUGGUGAAGUUGUUGAUACGUUGUCUAAGGCCAAGAAUGUGAGUGUUAUUGGAACAAAGGGUGAGUUGAGAGACGUAAAGGGUAAUUUGAAGAAAAAUAACGGACCACAAACAGGAAAUAGCUUGAAACUAUAA